GUUACGGUCCGCCAUCUUUGAGUACAGCUUUGCCUAACAACCAACUAUUCAAACGCAACUCAAAUUCGGAAAGAGCUUUUCAGUUCUUUUUGCGAUGGUUCUCUGCUUAAUGAUCAAUUGCCAUAAUCGCACUGGCCGAGAUAAAGAUAUCAAGUUCUAUGUUGUGCCAUCGAUUAUCAAAAAUCAAGGCGAAAAGGCCGAAGAAUUGUCUAUCGAACGGCGAACAAGAUGGCUUUCCGCCAUUAGCCGUGACAAACUUUCCGAGUCAGUCUUGCGACAUGAUCGCGUCUGUAGUCGCCACUUCGUAUCAGGAAAGCCUGCAGCAAGUUGGGAUAAAUACAACGUUGAUUGGGUGCCCACUUUGAAUCUUGGACAUUCAAAGAAACAGCGAGACGACGAGCGACAACUUCGAGAUACUGAAAGAGCCGAAAGAGGGAAAUUGCGACGUAAACGACAACACGAAGAAACACUUCAAGCCUCUGCUGCCAAAAUACUCAAGUUAGAUGAGCCAGGUGAACAAGUAAAAGACAUUUUUGCGAACAGUUCUCUGAACUUAACUUGCGGAAAAGAUCGCCAAUUUCUUGGUCAGAUGGUUUACACUCUGCUGAUUUUGACGGCGCUUUGUUUUGGCUGGAUUGGCUAUCAACGUUGAACUGGCCUUCGUCGAUUUUCUUGUCAAGUUCAACUUUCAUUCGCCUAGCUGAUCUAAAAUCUAUGUCCUUAACUUUGGAAUAGGGCACUUCUUUCACGUACGUUGGUAACAACCAGGUACAUUUGAC